CAGACGUAUUAGGUAACAGGGCCAGAUGCAAAUAUAUCCUUGAAAACGGGCUAAACACUGGCCGAUACAGUCAGGGAUCCCACUGUACAGCAGCCCGUAUUCAUUACAGAGCCAGUGCGCUUGUGUUCCCCAAGAUUCAUAAUCCUCCUAAGAGCCUGUUAAAGGCUCAAUGCAGGAUUAACUCCCUGUGAUUUGUUUUGUAUAAAUUCCAUGUAUUUUAGGUUCAGGAAUCCUGUGGUUCGGUAGUGUGAGUGGUUUGGUAACCCUGUCCCCUCCUCUCCCUCUAGACCAUGCUGACGGCCAUCUCCAUGAGUGCCAUCGCUACCAACGGAGUGGUGCCAGCGGGAGGCUCGUACUACAUGAUUUCCCGGUCUCUGGGUCCAGAGUUCGGAGGGGCGGUCGGGCUGUGCUUCUUCCUGGGCACCACCUUCGCUGGCUCCAUGUACAUCCUGGGAACCAUCGAGAUUCUCCUGACCUACAUAGUGCCUAAGGCCGCCAUCUUUGUGGCGGAGAAGAAGGAGGACGAGGUGGAAGCCCUGCUCAACAACAUGCGUGUGUAUGGGACGUGCUGCCUGGCUCUCAUGUCGCUGGUGGUCUUCGUGGGGGUCAAGUACGUCAACAAGCUGGCCCUCGUCUUCCUCGCCUGCGUCAUCCUCUCCAUCUUCGCCAUCUACGCCGGUGUCAUCAAGACCGCCAUCGAGCCGCCCGACCUACCGGUCUGUCUGUUGGGGAACCGCACGCUCCAGAACCACAACUUUGACAAGUGUUUGAAGACGGAGGAGAUUGACAACAUGACCGUGAGCACCAAGCUGUGGGCGCUGUUCUGCGACAGCGCCGACCUGAACGCCACCUGUAACGAGUACUUCCUCUUCAACAACGUCACCGAGAUCCAGGGCAUCCCAGGCCUCGCCAGCGGGGUGAUCCAAGAGAACAUGUGGGGGGACUAUGGCCCCCUGGGGAUGCUGGUGGAGAACAAGCGGCUGGACUCUGUCCCAGCAGCAGACGCCUCCCAGGACAUGUACCUGCCCUACGUGGCCAACGACAUCACCACCUUCUUCACCCUGCUGGUGGGGAUCUACUUCCCUUCCGUCACAGGUAUCAUGGCCGGGUCCAACCGAUCAGGUGACCUCCGAGACGCUCAGAAGUCCAUCCCCAUAGGAACCAUCCUCGCCAUAGCAACCACCUCCUUCAUCUAUGUGACCUGUGUGGUGUUGUUCGGAGCGUGCAUCGAGGGGGUGGUGCUCAGAGACAAGUUUGGGGACUCGGUCAAAGGGUACCUUGUGAUUGGCACACUGUCUUGGCCCUCUCCCUGGGUGAUUGUGAUUGGCUCGUUCUUCUCCUGCUGUGGGGCGGGGCUUCAGAGCCUGACAGGCGCCCCCAGACUGCUGCAGGCCAUCGCCAGGGAUGGCAUCGUGCCCUUCCUGAAGGUGUUUGGUCAUGGCAAGGCUAAUGGAGAGCCCACCUGGGCGUUGCUUCUGACUGCAGCCAUCUGUGAGAUCGGCAUCCUCAUCGCUUCUCUGGACGCUGUCGCCCCCAUCCUGUCUAUGUUCUUCCUGAUGUGCUACCUGUUUGUUAACCUGGCCUGUGCCGUUCAGACCCUGCUGCGCACCCCCAACUGGAGGCCCAGGUUCAAGUACUACCACUGGGCCCUGUCCUUCCUGGGGAUGAGUCUGUGCCUGUCCCUGAUGUUCAUCUGCUCCUGGUACUACGCCCUGGUGGCCAUGAUGAUUGCAGGCUGCAUCUACAAAUACAUUGAGUACCGAGGGGCGGAGAAAGAGUGGGGUGACGGUAUCCGAGGGCUGUCGCUCAACGCUGCUCGCUACGCCCUCAUCCGCCUUGAGGAGGCGCCACCACACACCAAGAACUGGAGGCCACAGCUGUUGGUGCUGCUGAACGUAGACUCUGACAUGGCGGUGAAGCACCCUCGCCUGCUGUCUUUGACCACCCAGCUGAAGGCAGGGAAGGGCCUGACCAUCGUGGGCAGUGUGCAGGAAGGAACCUACAUCAGCAAGGAGGCCGAGGCCAAGAAGGCUGAGCUGAACAUCAAGGCGUCCAUGACGACGGAGCGUACCAAGGGCUUCUGCCACGUGGUGGUGUCGUCCAACCUGAGAGAUGGUUUCUCCCACCUCAUCCAGUCUGCCGGCCUGGGGGGGAUGAAACACAACACAGUGCUGAUGGCGUGGCCUGGGACCUGGAAGCAGGCCAGCGACCCCAGCUCCUGGAAGAACUUCAUAGAGACUGUGCGUGAGACCACAGUGGCCCACCAGGCUCUGCUGGUGGCCAAAAACGUGGACAGCUUCCCCAGCAGCCUGGAGCGUCUGGGGGAAGGCACCAUCGACGUCUGGUGGGUGGUGCAUGACGGAGGCCUGCUCAUGCUGCUGCCCUUCCUGCUGCGCCAGCACAAGGUGUGGAGGAAGUGUAAGAUGCGCAUCUUCACCGUGGCCCAGAUGGACGACAACAGUAUCCAGAUGAAGAAGGACCUGCAGAUGUUCCUGUACCACCUGCGUCUGGAUGCCGAGGUGGAGGUGGUGGAGAUGCACGACAGUGACAUCUCAGCCUUCACCUAUGAGAAGACCCUGGUGAUGGAGCAGCGCUCCCAGAUGCUGAAGCAGAUGCAGCUGUCCAGGACGGAGCGCGAGAGAGAGAUUCAGAGUAUCACUGACGAGUCCCGUAGCUCCAUCAGGAGGAAGAACCAGAGUGGAGUUCAGGUGUCGGGGCCCAGUGGAGAGGCCUCCUCCCAGGCUGAACCCCCCCAGGAGGAUGAGGCUCAGCUGAUCCACGACAGGAACACAGCAUCACACGCGGCGCUGAACGACAAGGCCGACGCUGCCCCACACGUCCAGAUGACCUGGACCAAGGAGAAGUUCUUCACCGAGCGCAACCGCAACCGAGAGCCCAACAUGGGAGUUAGAGACCUGUUCAACAUGAAGCCAGAAUGGGAGAGUCUGAAUCAGUCCAACGUGCGCAGGAUGCACACGGCGGUGAAGCUGAACGAGGUGGUGGUGAACAAGUCCCAGGGUGCUCAGCUGGUGCUGCUCAACAUGCCCGGGCCGCCCAGGAACAGGGGCGGGGACGAGAACUACAUGGAGUUCCUGGAGGUGCUGUUGGAGGGCCUGAACAGGGUGCUGCUGGUGAGGGGAGGAGGUCAAGAGGUCAUCACCAUCUACUCUUAGAACGGCUCGCACGCCCCCAGCUCGUCACCGUGGCAACACCGGGCAUUUGUUUUUGGGGGGGUGGAAGGGAGGGGGAGGUGGGGGGUUAAUGAAACUUUAGAGGUUGUUGCGGUGGGCGGGACUUUCGAUGGGGAGCCAUGUGAUUGGACAGAGGGCUUUCUGAGCCUCAGAAGGGUAGGACCAAUCGGAGUGGUUCGCUCUGUGGUUUUCUGAGAACGCGGGCCAAUCAGGAACAGGCGGCUGGAAGACAGAGGAUUCUGACACUUUAGCUUUUAAUCGAAGCGUGUUGACGCUGCGUCAUGUUGUCAUUGUACGUUUUAUUUUCUUAUUUUUGUUCUUCCUCUCCAUAUAUGUGUAUUUUAUCAGUAGAGAAAGCCAGUGUUGGAGGCCCUGGUCUGUUGUGACCCAACUGGAAACCUGCUUCCCCUGUCAGUGUUGUCACCGUGCACCGGGGCAGGGUGGAGCUGAACAAGCCCUCUCUGUUACAGGUUCAUCUCCACCAGAGCAGCUGCUCUAAGCCCAGGACGGCUGUGGGGCAGCAAGACUAAGGCAGGUCUCCACUAGUUAGAGAAGCAGGGUCUGUCAAGUCCACUGGGGUCACAAUGGAGUCCAGUGAGGUCAUAAUGCAGUCAUAUGACAUCAGAAUGUGGUCCAGUGUUAGCUGGGUUGUCUGGAGUCCUGAAUUCUAAAUUCUGCAGGACGGCUGUAUAUGAGCUGGUGGAGGACCAGGAGAGCUAGGAUUGGAUAUUUUGUUUGUCAAAAGGGAUUUAUUGUAAAUGUUGCUUGUACGCUUAAUGUUCUUGUGUGUUUAGUGGUUUAUUUGUUGUGGAUGAGCGCAGCACAAUCCCUGAAAGAAGUGUUUGUGUGUGUGAAACUGAGAGAGAGAUAGAGAGGGGGGGGGGGGAGAGAGAGAGAGAGAGAGA